UCUAUCAAGAGAGGAAUGACGAUCAGUCUGAUGGCAGCUCUGUCUGGGAACGUGUUGGCAGUCAACAUGUUACUGAGUGUCUUCUUUCUUCCAGGUGUUUUGGCUCAUUGUGGUAGAUUACCACCACCGCUCAACAUCACUGCACCUAAUAACAUUGAAGCUCUGAGUGGAUCUUGUUUGGAAAUCCCAUGUAGCUUUAAUACAGUUAAUCCCAGUUAUGACAGUAAAAGAACUGUCAACGGAGUGUGGAUGAAAGGUAGUUUACGUUUUUGGUCUGUUCCAAAGGUAGUUAUUUUCAACAGGAGUAGGUCAGUUAACACCUUUUCACUGAAUAUUAUUGGAAACCUGACAGAGAAAAACUGCACCACUCUGUUUCCUAAUUUAAACACAAGUUUUACAGACAGAUACUUCUUCAGAAUUGAGAACGGGAACUACAGAGGAACAGCUUGUGCUGAUCCUGUCAACAUAACAGUUAAAGAUUCUCCCUGGAGUCCCAGCAUUAACAUCCCUGCUGAUCUGAAGGAGCAUCAGUCUGUCACUAUCAGCUGCUCAGCUUUGACUCCCUGUCCACACUCACCUCCUGAACUCACCUGGAAUCUCCAACAAGACUCUCACAGACAAACAGAGAAAAACACAGAGGGAACCUUUACAACUAAAAUCCAGGAGACCAUCACUCUGUCAGACACACAUGAUGGAUACAACAUCAGCUGUUCUGCCACAUAUCCUGUGAAUGGAGGAAGCAAGACAGCAGAGACAGAAGUGACUCUCAGUGUUUCAUAUGCUCCUAGAAACACCUCAGCAUCCAUCAGUCCAUCAGGUUUGGUGUCAGCAGGUAGCUGGGUGGAGCUGAGCUGCUCCAGCAGAGCCAAGCCUCCUGCCAGCUUCACCUGGUUCAGGAACAGCAAACAUGGAGCCAUUAAUGUAUCUGUGGGGCAGGUUUACAGCUUCAAUGCUACUGAGGGAGGAGAGUAUUACUGUGAGGCUACAAAUGAUCUGGGUCAUCAGAGAUCAUCAGGGAUACGUCUUAUUAAAAAAGGUCAUCAGGACUUUGGACUCAGUUUCUAUGUUACAGUGAAGAUCCUGGGAAUUCUAAUGCUCUACAGUACAAUCAUCAUCUUUGAGUGCUGGUUUAGAUUCUCCAACAAACCAAAGAAGCCUCUGGAUUCUGGACUGAUUCCCCGUGUUUCUGACAUCGGCCCGCCUGUGAGUAUUGGAACCUGCCUGUCCCCUUUAAGCCUGUUGCUCUGUCGGAUUUCGGACCUGGACCCGGACCCUCUUUGGAUUUCCCCUCUGUACCACUGCUGGAGUUGUGGAUUAACCAUUACCGGACCCGGACUGUCUCUGGACUUACGCCCCUGGAAAACCCCUCGUCGUCUGACUGCUGCCAGCCGCUCUACGGUCCGUUCCCAUCUACCAGCGGACGGCUUCUGCCCCGAACACUCCCAGCUGUCUCUCCGUGCCCUGGCUGCUCUCGUUAUCAGGAGCUACAGCGACGUCCUGGAAUCCAUCAACAAGAAGCUUACCAGCCUGGACGUCCACCUCGCUUUGGUAGAAGUCCUACAUAAGGAGUUUCAAGCCCUGAGGGAGUCGGUGGAAUUUAGCCAAGCCCAGCUGGCUUCUAUCACCACCGAGAACGAAGCGCUGAGGGGGAAAGUCACGGAGCGCACCGAGGGGAUGAUGCAGCUUGUUUCGUGUUUGGAUUUACUCACCUGCCUUGACAUCGUGCUCAAAGAACCAGUUCCUCAGAAUCCCCGCCGCUCCGAUUUUGCUCUGGCAGCUCCCCUCAUACUCUCUUGGUUGUACCAAGCCAGGUGUGAGACCCCCGUCCCUGGAUUCACCUGGUUCACCCGCAAUACUCCGGUUCUUCCAUCUGCUCCUCCCGUCUGCCAUCAACUGUGGUGCUCUGUCAGCUCUCCAGUCACUCAGCCACCUGUUACCAUCAAUGAGGUACGGUCACAGAGUUCCCUCGUCAUUACUCUCCCCGGAUAG